AUGGUGGGUUGGAUGAUGUCAAGUGGUGCUUCAUGGAGAGAAGGAAUGAGAGAGAAGGGAAAGGGGUUAGAAGAGGAAUGUUUUGUUCUUCUAGGUGAUGGAUGGGUAAUGGGGCCUGGCCUUAGUGGUUAUCGAAGAGGACAAGAAGGUCAAUACAGUCCAUACAUAGAAGAUGUUGGUGACGAUGUGGGUGGUUAA